AUGGUAGUACAUAAUCCUAACAACUGGCAUUGGGUAGACAAAAACUGUCUUCCGUGGUCAAAAGAAUAUUUCACUGCAAAUGUCAAGAAUACAACUUUCGAAAAUGAUGAGUAUAAAUUUGUCAUCACCGAAAUCGAUUCAGUCACUGGAGAUUGCGAUGUGACUCAAAGAAAGGGAAAAGUAUUGUGUAUAUACGAUAUGAGACUACAAUUCUCGGUGUCAAGUCUCGAUAAGAACUUGAAGGAUGAGGAAAACAGCGAGGGAAAGAGCAGCAAAGCUACAAUCACGCUCCCCGAGUUUGUUCAUGAUCAAGAUGAAGACGAGUAUGAAUUUGAAGUCAACGCAGCAGAGCAUGCAGCUCAGAUUAAGAAACACCUUCUUCCACAGCUCAAAGCUAAAUUAAUGAAGUUCCAAAGCGACUUAUUAGAGGCACAUGCCAAAGAUGUGCAACAUGCAUCCGGACAUUAA